AUGUUUAAACACAUCGCUACCUCUCUUCUCUUCUCUCUCGCUGCACUCGCCCAAGACAUUGUGUACACACCCAUACACAAUGCGACCACGAUAUAUGGCACAUGGAGCUCAGGUAGUGGUGGUGUGAAAACGGGACCCGGCUUUGCAAACCCCGCAGAUCGAACAUUCACAUAUCCGAAUACGACUGGGAUAUCGUAUUCAUUUACGGAGGAUGGAUUCUAUGAAAUUGCGCGAUACCGGUAUACGAGCAAUGGCUCACAUCCACUGUGCAUAACGGGUGUCAUGAACUGGUGUCAUGGAACAUACCAGUUAAUGCCCAACGGUUCCAUCAUUAUGUCUCCUUUCGGUGACGGAUUUCAGCAGAUCCAAGACGCUUGCGCAGCGGUAUCCAAGUUCAUUGAAACGUACAACGACACCGAAUACUACACGGCGUGGACCAUUUUCCAAGAUCCCGUACUUGGGUACCAGCUCAUUUUGGACCAGUAUGACGGCACGCCUCUUGCACAGCAAAACCUUGUCACCACAUCGCCCGACAUGCUUCCCACGCAGAAUCUUUUCAACGUCACUAAAACCGCGAGCUCGGAUCUCGCGGUCAGCGCAGGCACGCGAACACUGGAAUGGAGUUUUUCCAGUAUUGCUGGACUCACCACUGCCGUGGUCGCUGCAGGCAUGGCGUCGUUUGCCCUAUAA